AUGCUCUCAUCCGCUCGACACCUAACUCUUCUCCUGAGCGUGCUUGGGUGUUGGGUCUCCCUUUCCGUAGCAAGUUGCACUAAUCCGUCGGUCCGCAAGGAAUGGCGCGCAAUGACUACCACGGAGCGAGCUGACUGGAUCUCAGCGGUCAAGUGUUUGGCUACAUUCCCUCACACUGAUGCUCUCACUCCAUCAGUUGACCCGUCCUUGUCUCUGAUUCCUCCCGUCAACACGUCUGGUACAUACUAUGACGAUUUCGUUUAUAUACAUAUGGGUUUCUUUUUUCCGUGGCACCGAUGGUAUGUAGCAGUCUACGAGUCCGCCCUGAAAUCAAAAUGUGGUUACACCGGCGCCUCUCCGUACUGGGAUUGGACCAUCGAUGCCCCCGACUUCUUCGAAUCAUCCUUCUGGUCGGACUCUUCCGCUACGUCCGGCCUGGGAGGCUGGGGCCAAGCCUCACUCAACAACGACUAUGCCGUCCCGACGGGCGCCUUUGAUACAUGGCACCUCUCCUAUCCUUCGCCACACAUCCUUCGACGCAACUUCACAGAACAGCCUUGGCUUUCUUUCGCUGGGAAUCCGUUCUUCCCCGACCCGACUCAGAUCGCGAAUUCGAGCUUUACGGCGAGUGAAGUGCAGAAGGUGAUCACGGGGUUUGAAGGUAACUUCAAGGAAAUGCAGAAGUAUGUGGAGCAGACGCAGGGUAUGCACUCAAAUGUCCAUCUGAUCAUGGGCGGUGAUCUCGGUGGUACCUGUCCCGAGAACGCUCCAGCCAACUGCACACCUGGUCCAACCUGGUCCGCAAAUGAGCCCCUAUUUUGGCUUCACCACGGUAUGAUCGACAAGAUCUGGUACGACUGGCAGCACGCCUCUCCCUCCAAUUUUUGGUCCUUCUCCGGCGGGUCCGUUCAAGCACUCGACACCAUCGAAGAUUACGAGGCCAAUCCAAACGGCGCUGCGCCGGAAUUGAGCCUCAACUCAUCGAUCCCAGCAGACGGGUUGUUCACUGAGUCGACGAUAUACGACGUUAUGGACACGACGAGCGGCUUACUCUGCUAUGUCUACGAGUGA